AUGUCCGGCGGCGACUCCUUCCUUCCACGAAUCCAAUCCGUGUUCUACGCCGUCUUUGACGAGACAGUUGGCCCAAAGAUCGUGUACCAAGUUCCCGAAGGCCUAAUCGCGUCUCAGACGCAGAUUGGGGUCGCUAGCAGCCAUGAUCAACAGAGCUCUACUCCUUCGUCACCUUCGUCGCCUUCACCAGAAGGCUCGUCGGAACCACAGACACCGACUGUGUCACUUCCUUCUCGCGCCUCGAGUAGCUCGUUGGUUUCGCCCACGGAUCUAUACAACAAGCGCGGUCGACAGUUUCCCUCCCCCAGUAACAACAAGCGGUCCAUGUCCUCCCAACCGACUCUAUUCAACUUUUCUGAAAUAUCGAUAAUUAUCGGUUUCCCAGUCGAAUUGACAGGUCGGUACAAGCGGUACUACUUCAGAUACAACCUGUGCUUCGUCUUCGAGCGCAACGCCGACCUCAGCUGCUAUGAGCCUGUUGUCAGGAAGAUUAGUCGCGUCCUGAAGUCCUGUGAAGAAGAAUCGGGCUUCCUGUCAUCUCCUGAAACCUGUACCCAGGUCUAUAGUAUCCUUGAGCAACUUUACGAAGACUUGAACUCUUAUUCUGAAACCUCAAUACCGAUUGACCAGUUCAACUCCAUCGAGCUGAAGAUAUUCCCAUUCUACCCCAAUCCACCGGACGUCAAGGAUUGGAUGGUUCCUCUGGCCCUAAUCAACAUCCAGAAGCGCUUUGAGGAAAAUUGGGACCUUACUAUGAUCAAGGUUUGUCGAUUCAUCGACGGUGUUAACCACGUUGGCCGGAUCGCCAAACUCGCGGACUGUGAUCCUCGACUAACUCGUCAGGCUAUAGCCCACCUUUUGUACUAUCAGGUCAUAAUGACGAUAGAUAUAUUCCAAUAUUCCAAUAUGUAUACCCUGUGUCGAAGCGUUCAAUGGCUGGCCGAUGAGACGCACGUUAAAGAUGAAUGCGGACCUUAUGUCGUCAAGUCAGGAACGCAAAGAAUACCCGAUUGGCCUGACCUGCUACAUUUGUACUCUAGGUUGAAAACAGGAAAGACAGUCUUCGAGUGGAUGCGAGAAUACAACGUGGAGUCUCUCGGAAUCGACGUCCGCAGAUUUAUCACUUUUGGUGUCAUCAAGGGCUUCCUUCGUCGAGUCCAUCGAUACCCCAUGUUCGUCCGGCAAAUUAACCAUACCCCAGAACCAGAGCCACAGCCAUAUUCCGACCCUUCUAGUUCUACUUUGAUGCGCAAACGGGCACAGAGCCUCCAAGGCAUGCCUCCUUAUCGCGCGGGCGGAUACGAUGCGCCUAUGACAACCGAUGUAUUCUCCGGGCACGGUUUCGUCCCCCAACAAUCCGCGCUCUUCCAAAAUACGACCGGACUAGCCUCUGCCAACCCAGAGGGACCGCCACCUCCAUCUGCAACGGGCAUGAUGUCGGCGACCAGUCGUGCUCGACGAGCGAGCGCAGCAGAGAAAAUCCUCGAACAACUCAGGAAUAGAGAUAUUCAGAAGUCGGGUAGUGGGACUGGUGUCCAUAGCCCGCGGCUCGGAACGUCCUGGGUGAAUUAUCAUGGUAGAGACCGUGAAGAUAACCACCCUCCUCCUAGUUCAUCGGUCAAUCAAGGGUCGAUCGCCAACUCCUAUACAAGCACUACGACAGCCGCUUCGUACUCGACAGUACGAUACUUGCAUGAUAGCCCUUCGAAACCAAACGGUGGCGGUGGAAGGGAGUCAAGGCGGACGUCGUUAGUUUCGCCUACCGUCCCUCCUCCCUCACCCGUGCUUCCAAAAGUUACAUUAACACCAUCGAGACCGCCGCGGAUGACUCGCUCUCCUUCAAUGCACCAUCCCCAUGUUUGUGGUCAUGGACGACCUCCACCAUAUCCCCCGCAGCUCAUUCCGUUAUUGGACGGGGACCACCACACAGAUGAGAUCGGCGUGAUCUUAGGCUGUGGUUGGCCGCAACUAGAGGAGUGGCUCGUUGCUGUGGGUGGUGGACAGGGUAACGGUGAUUUGGGUGACGUUGUAGUCAUUUAUCGAUGA